AAAAUUUGACAAUAUACAUAAGUAUUUAAAAUUUAAGCCAUAAAACUAAUUACAUCGACGACGUCGUUUCGGCCGCCAAAAUUUUAACUGUCCUACUGGGAAAUUGGCAUGGACUAUAAAUAAGACAGAGUUCCCGGCGAUUGGCGGCAACGACGGACUGAAACCAGAAGUCUCGAGGUCAAGGGAUCAACAAAAAUGGGAGUUCACGGUCUUUGGGAGCUUUUGGCUCCCGUCGGCCGACGUGUAUCCGUUGAAACCCUAGCCGGGAAGAAACUGGCGAUCGAUGCGAGCAUUUGGAUGGUACAGUUCAUAAAGGCAAUGCGUGAUGAUAGAGGAGAAAUGGUCCGAAACGCUCAUUUACUCGGUUUCUUUCGACGGAUUUGUAAACUUCUAUUCUUGCGGACUAAGCCUGUUUUCGUCUUCGAUGGUGCAACCCCGUCUCUCAAGCGCCGGACUCUGAUUGCUCGCCGUAGGCAGCGUGAGAACGCCCAGGCUAAAGUUCGUAAGACUGCCGAGAAAUUGCUUCUCAAUCAUCUCAAGGAAAUGAGGUUGAGAGAACUGGCUGAGGGUAUAAAGAACCAGAAACAGCAGAGGAAGCAGGAUGUUCCAAAAAAGAAGACCUUACUGAACCAUAACGCAAUUGUUGAUGGUACUUCUAUUUCAGAAAGGAGCAAAAGCGUCCCAAACAGUGGCAAUCAUGAAAAUCUAGAUGGAAUGGUGGCAGCAUCAAUUAUGAUCGAGGAGAAUGGGUUUUUCUCGAGUAGUGCCCCCUCUUUUGUUGGUGUCACUCUUCCCAAAGAGGACAGAGGUGAACAGUCAACUUGGAACCAGAAGUACAAGAAUGACUCAAAGGGCAAGAAGAUUUUGUCAGAUGAAAUUCAUGUAGUGGGAAGUGAUUCAGAAAGGAUGGAAGUGGCCUCAAGAAGUGCCCAUCAGCAAAAUUUAGAUGAGAUGUUGGCAGCAUCUAUUGCAGCAGAGGAAGCUAGAGGUUUGAAUGAAAAUGUAUCAGUAUCUUCUGCUUCGUAUCUGGCAGGUGAAGAUAUGGAUGAUGAAGAUGAAGAUGAAGAGAUGAUAUUGCCUGAAAUGCACGGGGUAGUUGAUCCUUCUGUAUUGGCUGCUCUGCCACCGUCAGUUCAACUUGAUCUUCUUGUUCAGAUGAGAGAGAGAUUAAUGGCAGAAAACAGACAGAAAUAUCAAAGGGUCAAGAAGGAUCCUGCAAAGUUUUCUGAGCUACAGAUACAGGCUUAUCUUAAAACUGUUGCUUUUCGCCGGGAUAUUGAUCAAGUGCAGAAGGCUGCUUCUGGGAGAGGUGUUGGUGGUGUACAGACAUCAAGAAUUGCCUCUGAAGCAAACAGGGAAUUUAUUUUUUCAUCAUCUUUCACUGGUGAUAAACAGGUACUUACAUCUACUAGAGCUGAGAAGAACGGAGACAAAGACCUACAGGCACCAAGGGUUCAGCAAUCUUUGAGUUCCCUGAAUAAUACAGACAUUCCUAGUACAUCCAAUGGUCUGGCUCAAUCAACCCCUGAUAAGUCAGGGGUUUUUGAGGACAAUAUCGAGACAUUUUUGGAUGAGAGGGGAUGUGUUCGUGUUAGUAGAGUGAGGGCCAUGGGGAUGCACAUGACUCGUGAUUUAGAAAGAAACUUGGAUUUGAUGAAAGAGAUUGAGAAGAAUAUCAAUGCAAAUAAGGCUGCGAAUCCUGAACCCAUGCAAAAUAUUGAAAUUUGUAAUCCAAAAAGCUCUUCUCUUCGAAGCCAAGUUUUAGAUGUUUCAAAUGAAGGCGUCGAUGAAUCCAUUAAUAAGUUGGAUGAGAGAGGUGCAGAUUCUAUGCUGAAUGAAGAUACUGCUAUCGAAAUAGUGCUGGAAGGUGAGGGUGGGAAGUCUUUUGAUGGUGAUGAUGAUCUAUUUACUCAUUUAGCCGCUGAAAAUCCCAUUCAAAUGGCUUCUUUUGACAUCUCGUCCCAAAAACUCUCCCAAGAUGGUACUACAGAUUCUGGUUGGAAGGAAGCACUUGAAGGAACAGUUAGUGAUGAGAGUGAAGUCGAUUGGGAGGAUGGAGUUUGUGAUCAUGUAAACCCAGUUCCUUUUGAAGAUGAAUCAGGAAAGUCAGUUUCCAAAGGUUCUUUGGAGGAAGAGGCUGAUUUGCAGGAGGCAAUAAGAAGAAGUCUGGAGGAUGUCGGAGAUGGAAAAUCUGGCCCUGUAUCUCUUGAACAUGAGCAACCACAAUCACAACCCUCAAUUGUUGGAAAAAUGGCUGAACGAUGUAUGAGUUUCGAAAAUGAGAAUGUGAUUGGACUUGAAAAGAUGGAUAGUGUUGAUGGAAUGAAUUGGUCAAAUGCCAAGGAUUCUAUCUUGAAGAAGGGAAUGACUGAGAGUUCAUCUCAAGAAAAGCAAUGUUCAGAACCUGUUGUGUUGUUAGAUACCACAAUUGCAGAACAGUUGGAUGCUUCUUAUAAGGAUACCUCAUUUUCUCUUCAAGUGUCAAAUGAAAACAGUGAUACUCUUAAGUCCUUAUCUAGGGAUGCACCUCGUGCUACUCAGGUUGGGGAUAUGAUAAAUAGUACAGUGAUUGAGCCUGCUUGUCGUAUGGUUGAGAUGGACGGUGUUAACACUCCUGAUGUUGAUUCCUCCACAAAAGAUUCUGCCUUCGAAAAUCAUUUCAAGCAGAAUUUUCCUGUUGAGAAGCAUAGCAGCGAUCUUUUGCUCGAAGAAGAAGUUGGAAAAGGACAUACAGUUAAAAUUAGCAAAGCAGAGGCUGAGGUUACAGAGGAUGAAUUGAAAAGUAGAAUUUCAAUUCUUGAGCAAGAACGUCUUAGUCUUGGAGAUGAGCAGAAAAGACUUGAGCGUAAUGCUGAAGCUGUCAGCAGUGAAAUGUUCGCAGAAUGUCAGGAAUUACUGCAAAUGUUUGGCUUACCAUAUAUUAUUGCUCCUAUGGAAGCGGAAGCUCAAUGUGCUUAUAUGGAACUUGCAAACCUCGUUGAUGGAGUGGUGACUGAUGACUCUGACGUUUUCUUGUUUGGGGCAAGAAGUGUUUACAAGAAUAUAUUUGAUGACCGCAAAUAUGUUGAGACAUAUUUUAUGAAGGACAUUGAAAAUGAGCUUGGUCUGGACCGAAACAAGUUAAUUCGCAUGGCACUUCUGCUUGGAAGUGAUUAUACAGAAGGCAUUAGUGGGAUUGGCAUUGUUAAUGCUGUUGAGGUUAUGAAUGCAUUUUCGGAGGAAGAUGGACUCCAUAAAUUUAAAGAAUGGAUUGAAUCACCAGAUCCAAGCAUUUUAGGGACGCUUGGUGCAAAAACAGGGUUAAGUGCACGUAAAAGAGGGCAAAAAGCAAGUGAGAAUGACGCAACUUGCUCAAAUAGCAGCGUAAGGGAUGGUUCUGCAUCUGAAGAGAACAUUGAUAAAGAUCUGAAGGAGAACAUAGAUGUUAAACAGAAUUUCAUGGUUAAGCACAGAAAUGUUAGCAAGAACUGGCAUAUCCCUUCUGAAUUUCCUAGUGAAGCAGUCAUUUCUGCGUACAUCUCCCCACAAGUGGACAAGUCAGCAGAACCUUUCUCCUGGGGGAAGCCAGACCAUUUUGUCCUUCGCAGAUUAUGCUUGGAAAAGUUUGGGUGGGAGAACUCAAAGGCAGAUGAGUUGCUUUUGCCUGUCUUAAAAGAGUAUGGCAAACAUGAGACUCAACUUCGAUUGGAGGCAUUUUACACUUUCAAUGAAAGAUUUGCUAAAAUCCGCAGUAAGAGAAUAAAGAAAGCUGUUAAAAGUAUUACUGGGAGCAAGUCUGCCUCGUUGAUGGAUGAAACCGUGCCGAAUGUCUCCGUAAAUAAUCAAAUAAAUCUUUCUGGUGAGACUCAGAAGAACAUGUCUGAGAAGUGUUCAUCAGAAAUACAAGGUGCUUGCUCGAAUGAAGAUAACGUAGAUAAUAGACUCCGAAAACCUUCCAGGAAAAGGCAACUAGACAGAGAGCAAUCGCAACCUGCCAAGGAUCGAAAGCUAACAAUGAAGGAAAAAGGAAAGCGAAGUAGAAAUGAGGGAUCACAUUCUGAGAGAGGUAGAGGUAGAGGUAGAGGAGGAGGGAAAGGGAGGGGGAGAGGUCGGUUGGCAUCGAAAGGUAAGAGUCCUAUUACCGAAUUCGUCGAAACCAGCUCCAGUGAUGAUGAAAGUGAAUCCGAUGAUAAAAAAUUAGAUUUGGAGAACGUGCAGGAGCCUCAAGAAAGGAGAAAAUCAUCACGGGUCCGAAAAUCUGCAAGUUAUAAAAUGGACGAUGCAGAUCCAGAUCAAGAUCAACCAUCAGAUUACAGUGGGUAUAGAUUAUCCAAUGAUGAAGCCAACGACGACAAUGUGGUCCAGGGUCGGUACACAGGUCCUGAAACUGUAAUGAUCCAUUCGGAAAAUACAGAAUGUGAUUACGAAAUACCGAAGAGAUCGCCUCUAAGGGAUUAUCUUGGAACUGGAGGUGGUUUCUGUCCAACAGAAGAUGAAAUGAGCCAGGAAGCAAUGUGCCGGAAUAAAGACCCUGCCUUGGAGGCUAGCAACAGUGAAGACUACCUCACACUGGGGGGUGGGUUCUGCUUAGAUGACGAUAACGAAUGUGUUGACCCGGUUGCACAUCUUGACCAAGCAACCGUAUCAGAGGCCCUCAAAGAUGGCUCUGAAGAUGAUCCUGGCCAAUCAACCUUCCAUCCUGAAAAAGACAUAGGCGGAGACCAGCUUGAGGAAGAUACAUAUCCACGUGGAGAAUCUCUACUCGAUGUGGGCGACCCAAAUCCUGUAAGUUAUCCGAACUCUUCCGAGGUAGGUGAGGGCGUGCAAGAGAAACCCAAGGAUCAUUCUGUCCGGUCAUUUGGAGGGGCUCUUAGUGCCAUGCCUAAUUUGAGAAGAAAGAGGAGGUACUGAUUUCUUCAAUGAGUUCCUAUUGCCUACCUUUUUUACACAUGCUUAGGAAGUUCUAAUUUACGUGAUCGAAUCGAGUCUAGUCGUUAGCUAUUCACGGAGAUUAUUGGCAAUCUUUAUGAAAUUUUAGAAGCAAGAUUGUUGAGUUUUACAACUUUUAAGAGACUUAAAGUGAAAACUAGUUCAUAUUUUAGGGGGCGAACACUAAUUAUCUUGCACACAGAGAUGCAUUCUUCUGCGUUGCAAUGUAUUGUGUAAAUUUUGUUAAUUUAAUAUGUUUAAGCUUAUUUCUCAGUCUUAGAGUCA